AUGGGUAACAUCUAUUCACGUCUGAUGAACCCUACCGUAGACGUCUUUGAGAAACGCAUUGCGGCUCUCGAGGGUGGCAUCGCCGGGCUCGCUACCGCCUCGGGCCAGGCGGCACAGUAUCUGACACUGACCAGUCCGACCAGGCCUGGGGACAAUAUCGUGGCCAGCUCGCAUCUGUACGGCGGUACAUACAACCAGUUGAGCGUGCUCCUCCCCCGCUUCGGUGUGACGACCAAGUUCAUACGCAGCGUGCAACCUGCCGACUUUGCCGCAGCCAUUGACGAUAAAACGAAAGCCAUCUAUGUCGAGAGCAUUAGUAAUCCAGACAAUGUUGUACCGGACCUUGAGGAAAUUGCCAAGAUUGCCCAUGACCAUGGAAUACCCCUGAUUGUCGACAACACGCUCGGUGCCGGCGGCUAUUAUAUCCGCCCCAUCGAGCACGGCGCGGACAUUGUCGUCCACUCAGCUACCAAGUGGAUCGGCGGCCACGGAACCACUAUUGCCGGGGUAAUCAUCGAUUCGGGACGAUUUGACUGGGGCAAGAACGCUGCCCGAUUUCCGGAAAUGGUCGAGCCAUCGCCAGCGUACCACGGCCUCCGGUACUUACCCAGCUUCGGUCCGUUCUCGUUCAUCAUGCGCGCUCGUGUGGAGCUGCUCCGCGAUAUGGGUCCCUGCCUGAGCCCCUUUGCCGCGCAGCAGUUAUUGAUCGGCCUCGAGACUCUGGGCCUGCGCGCGGAGCGGCAUGCGCAGAACACAGCCCAGUUGGCAGAGUACUUUGCAGCCCAUCCAGAGUACGUGAGUUGGACCCUGUGGCCCGGAUCAGAGCAGCACCCCAGCCACGCAGCGGCGAAGAAGUACCUGAAGCGUGGCUUUGGUGGCAUGCUGAGCAUUGGAGUGAAGGGCAAUGCCGAGGCAGGAACCAAGGUAGUGGAUAGCCUGCAACUGGUGUCGAAUCUCGCCAAUGUGGGCGACGCCAAGAGUCUGGCUAUCCAUCCAUGGUCGACGACUCACGAGCAGCUGUCGGUGGAGGAGAAAACGGCAUCGGGGGUUACGGAGGACAUGAUCCGUAUCUCAGUAGGGAUCGAGCACAUUGAUGACAUUAUUGCCGAUUUCAAACAGGCAUUCCAAAAGGUCUUCGGCUAG